UUCGUUUUUAUCUUCUUCAGCCUCCUUCUUUGCUUUCACUUCGGUGGGUUUUUCAGCUGUGGUUUGAGACAUUUUGUACUAAUUACACUUAUGAAACAAAAUCAAGGAGACUUGUAUUUGCUUCUAGCUUCUAGUUCUAGUAUAUUAAACACAAAGUAAAGAGAACUUUUAGGUUUUAAUUUAUUUAUAACCCUAAAAAAAUCUUCUCUGUUGUUUUUGUUUGCUUGUCAGAAAUAUGCUUCAUUUGACAUUGACAAUUAGGCGUUUGCAUAGACGAGUUCGGUUUAUCCGGGUUUAUCCGCUAGCUACACGAUGACGUGACGUUGCCAGAAGCUCAUGUGAUCUUUCGUUUAAAACUUCAAAACUUAUCACGUGGGCCCGACAUCUUUUCGCUCUCUCAGAAAUAUCCGAACUCGACCAGUGACUCGACCACAUAAAAAAGAGAGUCUUCUUUUUUUCAAAUCUCCAAUCCACUCACAUCUCAUCUGUUAUCUGUCAAAAGUAAAUUGCCACACACUAAACAAGUUUUCUAAAAUUUAUUCUUUACUUUAAAAAGUAAAAACUCCAUUCAACUCAAACUUUCCUUUUACCUUUUAGAUCAAAUAAAGCCAACAACAAAAAAUAAGUUUCCAACUAGAAAAUUAAGAUCAGCCGACAGCAAAAACCUACAUAAGCAUGUCGUAUCACGGAUACCGUGGCGUUAGGGGCAGGAACAGGCCCUCCGCCCCUAGGAAUCACCAGGAAAGCAAUUCCAGCUUCGAAGAAUCUGUAUCGCCACCGAAGGCAAAUUACUCAAAAAUUUCCGUUAAUCAAAGAAACAUAUCUAAACAUGACAAUAAUUGUUGCAGAGAUAUUAGCAUAGGACUUAUUAUGAACUCCAUCGAUUUGGAUUUUUUUAAAGAUUUAAAACAAAUUUACCAACUCUUAAAGAGAAGCCCCCCUGUGGUAUCAAAACUAGAAAACUACCUGAACAACUGUAUAAACCCCUACGAACAGAUCCUAAGACUUUUAUAUAACUGCCAAGACUUUUACAGUGUGAAAAAUAAAUCCUUGCCAAUGUUUCUUAUAGAAGAGUUCAAGACGUGGUCGAAAACCAACAGAAACAAAAUUCUAUGUCUAUUGACGAAGGAUUUAAAAAUCGACGCCUUUAAAAUUAUAACGAAACAAAAUGUGCAGUCUUUAACGAGGCUCGUUGUUGAAAUAUUCGAAAUGGCUCAAGAUGGUGAUAUUUUUUUAGAUACUAUUCAGUGUUUAACUGAGAAAAAACAGUACAAAGAAGCUUGCCAAUAUGCAGCUAUGUUAAGUCUUCAUAAUAAAUUUUCCAUCGAAGAAUUUCUAAUUCCCUUAAUUCUCCAGGACAAACUUUACAUUGUCGACGAAUUUUUGCAAGGCAGCAAAAGGCACCAAAUUGAAUUGGUGGAAUUUUUAGACUCGAUUUUAAGCAAUACAUCUGUCAGAGAUGCAUUGAUCAAAUACAUUCAAGAAAACAAUAUCCCAGACGUUAAAUAUGAUAAAAUUCAUGGAAAGCCUUGGAAAAAAUUAAUUGCGAGACUACAAAAAAUGUUUAAACUAUCUAAUGAGCUUACGCCAAACCUUAAUAAAAGAAGAAAUGAAGGGGCUUUGCAAUUUUUGUUGCAUAAACGAUAUGUUGAGAAUAGCUUUGGUGACGAAAGUUGGAAAGAAAUGGUUCAAGAAGCAAUAGGCGAUGAUAAAAAUCUUCAAAAAGAACUCGUAGUGGGUGUAUCGCACUUUGGAGAAUUUUCCGAAGCACUUCGAUGGGCCCACUUUUACAAUGUAGACAAAAAAGACUGGCCUUAUAAUGUGAGAAUGUUGGAAGCGAAUAGGUUACCGCAUCCAGAACCUACUUUACUACCUCCAGUUGACGAUUGGGAUGAAACCGAUUCCAAGCUAGAAUACCAUCGAUACCCACUUCCAAAUGAAACAGUAAAUUUAGUAGAUACUGCAUUGAAGUUUGAAGAUUUUUUAGAUAAAGCCUUACAGGAUAUUGACAUUGUCGGUAUAGAUUGUGAAUGGAAGCCCAGUUUCGGUGGACAACCCAGUGAGUUGGCUUUAAUGCAAAUAGCAACAAGAAACGGAGUUUUCGUAAUUGACAUUGUCUCUCUGGCCAACCAUUCUCCGCACUUAUGGCAGGAACUGGGCAAAUUUCUCUUCAACAAUUGUGAUAUUUUAAAGUUAGGAUUCAAUCUUUCGAGCGAUUUUCAUAUGAUACGGCAAGCUUUGCCACAUCUGAACUUUAGUUCGAACCAAGCAGGAUUUUUGGAUUUGUGUACUUUGUUGAAACACAUGGAGAAGUAUCCACAAGUCAAGUUUCCAUUUGAAGUAAAAAUUGGUGGUCCAAGUCUCAGUACAUUAGUACACCAAUGCCUAGGCCACCCUCUAGAUAAAUCCGACCAAUUUUCCAACUGGGAAAAAAGACCUUUACGACAAUCACAAAUUUAUUAUGCUGCCCUUGAUGCGUAUUGUCUCAUAGAGGCAUAUGAUGUCCUAAAGAGAUGUUUUGAACAAGCAAAUUGCAAUUUUGACGAUUUAUGUUACACUUUGAUUCAGCACGAUGCCAAGUACGAAGCGAAAAAGAAAUCUAAAAAUCAUAGAAAACACAAAUCUGAAGAAGAAGUGCCGCAACCACCAAGCCCACAUUCUGAACCUGUUCAAGCUCAUGAACUGAAAAUAGUAUGUGACACAAUGCUUCAAGGGUUAGGAAAGAAUCUCAGAAGGUGCGGAAUUGAUACUGCCAUACUGGAAAAUGCAGAGGGCCAUGAAGUAUGUGUGAAGUAUGCUGUAGUUGAGCAACGAUAUGUUUUGACACGGAAAAGCGCAUUUAAAAUGAUUUACCCUUACGUACCAACAGGCCAUUGCUUAAGAAUUUUAUCAGACAAUGUUGAUGAGCAAUUGCAAGAAGUACUUGAUUACUAUAAAGUAACAGUGACAAAAAAUCACGUUUUCAGUAGGUGCAUGGUUUGUAAUGGAAACAAUUUCGCAAAAGUACCACAAGAAUCCAUGCUGGCUUUAUACAGCAAAAACACAAGAUAUGCUGUCUGUCCUGAUGAUUAUUACGAUGACGAAGCUUCUGGUAUUACUAGUGAGGAGGAUUUAGAUGAUUGUGAAGCAUCAUUUUCGCAAGGUCCUAGUUAUAAGCAAUUAUCUGAACCGUCUAGUAAUAGAAAAUGGGAAUUAUGUUCUGAUGUGAAGAUAGACAUUGGUCUUUGUCAAACUAGGCUAGGAAUAAAAAUAAAAAUCGACGCUGUUCCUAUAUCAGUGAUCCGCAACUAUGACUUUUUUUACAUAUGUGAAGAAUGUGGCAAGAUCUACUAUGACGGAACCCACUUUGAAAAAGUACUUAGCGGAAGGCUACAGGGAAUUGUGCAGUAACAAUAUUAACCUUUUUUAAUUGUAUUUCUGGGUUUCAUUUUAGGAUUAAGACUAAGGUUAUAGUUUUUUUUUUAUAUGAUAAUGAUUAAUUGCUGUUGAUGUUUUUUUUUUUUAAUGUAAUACUUCUUGGCAAAAAAAAAUGCGGUUUUAUUUUAUAAUCAUAGUUUUAUACAUGACUCGAGCUACAAUCAAAAAAUAGUUAACAAAGUCUAUGGCUAAUAUCACCCACGUGUGCAUUUUUCACUCUAAAACGUUACAAUAUCUUUAAUUUUAAUUUUUUGGCAUGCUCUAUCACCUGCAUUCCUGUCAUUUUGUUUCAAGUGUUUCAUUGGCUACAAUAGAAUAUUCUUUCAAAAGUGCACACAAUAUUUCAGCAAAGUUUAUAAAUUUGUCAUGCAUGCUUUUGUUCGGUUAUUGAAAUAACCACAGCCCUUUAAAUGAGGUAAAGAGCAGAAGUAUGAAUGAAGUGACUUUGCUGAAAUAUCAUAAAUAAUUCGUGUCCGGUUUAUAAAACCUUGAAUACACACAUUAAAAACAGAUAAAAUGUCAAAAACCUUAUUUAAAUGAUAAAACAAAAAAUAAAAUUUUAAAAACAAAACACAAAUAAUAACUAGAAUUUGAAAACCGAAAUGUUGAAAAACAAUUACUUCAGUGAGAAAUACAAAUAAAAUUAUAGUCUGCAGUUUAGCGUAGAAGCUGAAGCCGCCUGUAAAAUAAAAUAAUAACAAUUAAAAAAAAAGGCCACAGGAGUGACAUAAACUACAUGCCAAUUUUUUCCAUAAUCCUCAUUACAAAUAAAUAUAACAAUUUUCUAUAUACAAAAAAAUUCUAGAUCUUAAAUUCCAAUCAAUAUACACUUUAAUCACUAAAGGCGCGUUAUCAUGAGGCGUUUUCAGUAGCUCAAGAUAAAUGAAAUUUAGCUCUUGUGUCUUAGCCAAAAUCGUCUUGAGUUAACACGCCUUAACUACUACAUUCAAAAAAAAAGUAAUGACUAGAAAAACUUCUACAAUUCAAUUUUAAUUGAAAAACCCAACUGAAUUUAUUGUCCAAAUACAUUCUACAUUUUCCUUACGUCAAUAGUAAUGAUAUCAACAUUUACAAUAAUCGAUUGGACAUUUUUGAUUUUAUGCAAAAGUUUCUAGUUGCACAAAAAUCUUCUGGACGUACCUUUUUCAAUCACGUAAUAGCAUUAAAUCUAUAACAAAUAGAAAACCCAAUAGUUUUGAGCUACCACAAAAUUUGAGCAUAACGGUGUGCAAAUAUCUACCUUCAAAAUAUUCACAAAUAUAGUAGAUAAGAUUCAUAAUAAUAAUAAAUGAGAACUAUGAUUGUGUUUUACAUAAUUUAGUGUUAUAACGCUAAUUUAUAUGAUGUCCUGGCCUUUAGGACAGAAUUUUCUAUGCUUAAUAUUUAGUAAAAUUUUAUAAUAAUGUUUGGAUUUGAAGCUUUAGGAUGUUCUCUGUGAUAUUUGGCCACACAAAUGGUGAUAUUUCUAUGAAAAGGUCUUUUAAGCGCUAACUUGAAUCUAGUUUUUGGAUCUCUUCGAGUAUGGAAAGAUUUCGAAGGAAAGAUAAAUUUAAGGAUGAUACAUAAUACCAUGGCAUAUAUCUAUAUGCAUUUUUGGUAUGACCAAUUUGAAAGUGCCUAAUAUGGAGUCGGCUCCAGUCAAAAUUGAUUACCCAUAAGACUGAUUUUCAUAAAACUUUGGAAAUAAGAGUUUCAGCCAAUGUAUAGCAAAUAUCUCCCAACCAUUUGUCCAGAUAAAAUAAAGAGAAAAGAAUAUUCAUUAUUUUUUCUGUAUAUUUUGGGUCCCAUAUAAUGACUGAUCUAUCAUGUCCCGUGUCAUUCAACAAUGUCCAGGAAAUAAAGAAUCCUUUUGCUUUCUCUAAUAGUGUGAAUAAAUUACCUAAAAUACCAACAGCUGUGAUAGCCUACUGAUAAACUUGAAUGUUAAUUUGUUACUUGCACUUCAUACAACAUAAUAUUAGGUCUGUUCCAACAAGCCAAAAAGCCUCCCAUAAACGGUUUUGAAACCACUCUGUAUACAAAUUUCGGAUUCUAAACACCAAUUUUGGGCUUUGCAUAGAAUCCUAAAAGUACCUACAUUGUACGGUUUCCUGCUGUGUUGGAACAAAGCUAUUAUAACUAUUAUAAAAAAAGACAUCUUCUUGAUUUUUGGAGAACAUCCUUAAGCCACCAAAUAAACCAAUCCUUCAGCUAAGUUAAGCCUCUUCAGGUUCUAAGAGAUGUUGAGCCUCAAUAUAAUUUUGAAAUGUUUGAGGAAACCUUUUAUUAAGCGCUUCCGUAGUAGUAAUGUUCUGUUGCCUUUUAAUUACAAUAAGAGUGAACAUAACCGCUAAACUUACUAAGAAAAAAGCUAGAAGGACACCACCUACUGCAAAAACAAAUAAAACGCUAUUAAUCACCAACUAAACUAAACUAUUAGCUUACCUGAAAUCAUUACAACAGUACCGAUACUGUAUUUGCCAGUAGUUUCCUGUAAAAUUUGCUGUACUGGUAACAUUGUGCCGUUGUUAUCUGUAGGUGGUAUAUCAAGAAUGGCACAAAAUACAUUGAAAAGAUCUACGGUUUGGAAAGGUUCCACUUUGGUUUGCUGUUUGAUUUUCGGCCCUAUUGCCAUAAAGUAAGGGUGCAUCUCGGGUUCCAUGUAGUCGUAACCGUGUACGCCAAACUCAGAAGAAUUAGUCACUAGAAUUUUUUUUUUUGUAUAUUGGUAAAAAAUUACUAUGAAACUUACAAGUAAAAUUAUAUUUUUCAGCAUAUUUAGGGGCGUCCCUGAUAAGAUCGUCAAAUGCAUAACCGAUAUCUGCGACAACUAGAAUGGGUGCUGCACGCCUGUUGUUUUUAAGGUGCCACCUUUCAAGAUAUUCGGAUUUGUUGUAAACUUUAAAAUGCCCAUUUUCUUUUGCGGCUGCCGUUAACGAAUUGUAAAUUGUGUCGUGAA